AUGGGUGAAGCCACAUCAGUGACUUUGUCGGCACCCCGGCCAGAAGCCGAGGAAUCCAUCAACUAUGGGCCCCCACAAGAAGGCAUCUUUAAACACAUUUCAAAGUUCAUUCCGUACUUCCGCAACCCUAGCAAUGUCCUAGUCUUCAAGCUAGAUGUCAUGUUGCUUGCAUGGAUGUUCCUGGCAGGCAUCAUGAAGGAGAUGGACCAGUCUGCCACAACCCAAGCCUACGUCUCGGGGAUGAGAGAGUCCUUGAGCCUAUACGGUAAUGAGCUUGUUGAAUUCAAUACCUUUUUCUCUAUUGGAUAUGCACUGGGCUUGGUACCUGGGCAGUUGAUUCAGACGAGGUUCCGGCCGUCAAUGUUUCUCCCAUUCUGUGAGAUGAGUUGGGGACUACUGGUGCUCUUCACAUACAAAGCCCCUAAUGCGCAAACCAUCUUUGGACUCCGAUUCUUCCUCGGCCUCUUUUCAUCCGCAUUCUGGCCUAGCGUCGUCGCCCUCAUCUUCAACUGGUAUACUCCUGCCGAGCUCGCCGUCCGAGUUGCUUGCUUCACAGUCUGCGAUGUCGCCGGCGCGAUGUUCCUCGGAGCUCUCCAAGCUGCCCUAUUCCGGGACAUGAACGGCGUUCACGGUCUCGCUGGCUGGCAAUGGCUCUUCAUUAUCGCCGGUUCCGUCACAGUUGGCCAGGGUCUCAUUGCCUUCGUCACCGUGCCAGACUCGCCAGCGAAUACACGCGCCAUCUAUCUCACCGAGAAUGAGAAGCGCCUGGCUCGCGAAAGGAUGGGUAACUCCGGCGUCAACACAUCCAAGCGCAUUCCGGCAUCGGUGCUCCGCCAAAAGCUGCGAAAGCUCAUUGUUCACCCGGUCACGUAUUUCUAUCUCUUCUCAUUUGCCUUUGGGGCUUGGGCUCAUCGGGCGAAUUCGUAUUUUGUGUUGUACCUCGAAAGCAUCAAGGACUCAGCUGGCAACCGCGUUUACGAUACGUAUCAAGUCAAUAUCCUGCCCCUUGGCGGGUACGCCUUGCAGAUUGUCACUAAUAUUGGUCUCAACUGGCUUUCCGACUGGAAGCGUUGGCGUUGGCAGAUAAGCGUCUUCUCUGCCGCCGCUCACGGCAUCUGUCUAGCCGUUCUGUGCGGGUGGCCAUCUGAUCAUAAAGUCAUUCUCGCCUUUUACUUUCUCACGUAUGGCACCAACGCUGGUAGCCCGUCACUCAUGGCAUGGAUGGCCGAGAUUCUACGCAAAGAGCCCGAGGCUCGAUCAAUCAUCGUGGCAUUGACUGUCACCGUUGUCUACGUUGGCCACGCGACUAUACCUCUUGGGGCGUUCCGUGUUGCAGACGCUCCGAGGCAUCCCAUCGGUUUCCCUCUGACAACUGCGUUCACUGUAGCAACAAUCUUGGUUCAGCUGGGUAUGUUAUGGUGGGAUAGGCGGCAUCCGGAGAUGGCCGAGUACGGAUACGGGCCUGCCAUGAAUGCCCAGGGUUUGUCAGAUGAGGAGAACGCUAAAAUUGCCGAAUCGGAGGCUCAGGUGAGUGGAUUGAACGACAAGUCGGCCCAGAUCUCGGGGACGAAGGAGAUGUAA